CCGGAGCUAGCAAGACGUGUACAGCGUUGCGACUGGGAGCAGUUUAGCCUGUAACCGUGAAUAAACGUGAAAUUGCCCGAAAAUGACUGAAACGUUGCAGUUGCGCGGCCAACUUCUUGGCCACUCCGGAUGGGUUACCCAAAUCGCUACCAAUCCGAAGUAUCCGGACAUGAUCCUGUCUGCAUCUCGCGACAAGACUUUGAUAGUCUGGAAACUAACCCGGGAUGAAAUUAGCUACGGCAUCCCCCAGAAGCGUCUGUAUGGCCAUUCGCACUUCAUCUCCGAUGUGGUGCUGUCGUCGGAUGGCAACUUCGCUCUGUCCGGCUCGUGGGAUAAAACCCUGCGCCUGUGGGAUCUUGCUGCCGGUGUAUCGACUCGUCGAUUCGAAGACCAUACCAAGGAUGUGCUUUCGGUUGCGUUCUCGGUCGAUAACCGUCAGAUUGUGUCCGGCUCCCGUGACAAGACCAUCAAGUUGUGGAACACGUUGGCGGAAUGCAAGUAUACCAUCCAGGAAGACGGACAUACCGAUUGGGUUUCGUGCGUGCGUUUCUCACCGAACCACACGAACCCGAUCAUAGUGUCCGCCGGGUGGGAUCGCGUCGUCAAGGUCUGGAACUUGGCGAACUGUAAGCUGAAGAUUGAUCAUCUUGGUCACAAUGGAUACCUAAACUCGGUGUCCGUUUCACCGGACGGCUCGCUGUGCACAUCGGGAGGCAAAGAUUGCCGCGCAUUCCUGUGGGAUCUGAACGAUGGCAAGCAUCUGCACACACUCGAACAUAACGAGGUCAUUAAUGCGCUGUGCUUCUCGCCGAACCGUUACUGGUUGUGCGUCGCUUACGGGCCAUCGAUCAAGAUCUGGGAUUUGGCCUACAAGACGAUGGUCGAGGAGCUCAAGCCGGCCAAGAAUGGCGACCCACCGCAAUGCCUGUCGCUGGCUUGGUCCACUGACGGACAGACACUGUACGCUGGAUACUCGGACAACAUCAUCCGCGUUUGGCAGGUAUCGGUCUCGGCUCGCUAAGCUAGCGUAAAAGCUGUAACGCGCGCAUUACGACUGGAUCCCAGGGCCCAGGGUGUAUUAACAUAAGUUGUUUCUUUUUUGAAGAAAUAACAAUCCUGUAUUGAAAUACAUAAAA